UCCCAGCCGGCGCCGCAGCCGCAGCCGGGAACAGAACCAGCGGCUCUGUCGGCCGGAUCCCCCCGCCCCGGGCCCGGCGUCCGCCCGGGGGUGCGCGGGGCUCCGGCGCCUCAGCUCCCCACUUGAUUGAUCUGCAGCGUGGGCUGGGCCGGCCGGGAGCCAUGGCCGACGGGGAACGUCCCAGGAGCAGCCUGAGCCAGGCCAGCAGCGUCCUCACCAUCUCCUCCGUCAGCCUGGGGGCUGCCAAGCCGUCGCGCUCCCUGCGGAGGGUUCACACUUUCGGGAAAAGGGAAAAUUCCAUCAAGCGGGACCCCAACGCCCCCGUCGUCAUUCGGGGCUGGCUCUGCAAACAGGACAGCUCCGGCCUGAAGCUGUGGAAGCGACGCUGGUUUGUGCUGGCCGAUUACUGCCUCUUCUACUACCGAGACAGCAGGGAGGAGGCUGUUUUGGGGAGCAUCCCGCUCCCCAGCUACGAGAUCCGGCCGCUGCCCGGGGAGGGGAAGAGCCGAAGAUUCACAUUCAAGGCCGAGCACCGGGGGAUGCGGACGUACCACUUCAGCGCGGACACCCAGGAGGACAUGAACGGCUGGAUCCGAGCCAUGAGCCAGUCCGCUGCGGCCGAAAGUGAUCCCAGCACCAUCAGCAGCCGACCCCCCCAGCUGCUCAGCCGGCCGGUGCCCCCCAGGGCCCGUCUCUUCGAGGACGUCCGGCCACUCACGCCCGACCUGGGUCCCGCCAAAAGCGCCGAGUCCUUGGAAAUCGCCCGGCUCUCGGGCCCCCACUCGUCUGCAGAGAGUCUGUCUGCGACGGGCCGGGAGGCACAGGGCGAGGGAGGGCCCCUUCCCAGCGGCCCUGCCCCACCCCCCAGCCCGGUCAAUGGGGAAGGGCUCGGGGGGGAGCUGCAGGGCCUAAGCUCUCUCUCAUCCCGCAUUCUGCGGGGUCAGGAGCCCUCGGCAGCCAAACGCCCCCCUCCCGGCCCCCCCAGAUCCUCCCCACCCCCCACUGAGUCUGAACAGCCCCCCUUGGAGCCCCCCUCCCCCUGGGAGCCCUCUGCAGCUGCCCAGUCCCACGUCCGCUCCUCCCGUUCCUACUCCCUUCCCCCCACCCCCGCUGAGCUCAGGGGGGCAAGGGGGGGUCAGGGGGGUGCAGGGGUGUCCUCCGGGAGGGUUCGAGCCCCUGCGCUGGCUGCGUCCUGCGAAGAUCUCCCCCUGCUGGUCCAGGCAGGGUCCAGCCUGGCCCGGCCCCACACCCCCGUGGGGAGGGUGGAUAUCGCCCCCGGGGGGGCCGUGCGGGGCAGCAGGCCCAUCCCUGGGCGCCCCCAGACCCCCGCCGACCGCUAUGACGUGCGGCCCUCCGAGGAGCCCUGUGCCCGGCCCCCUGGGCGCUACCCCCGCAGCCCUCACCCCAGCCACUGCCUGGCGCGGCCCGGGACCCCGGCGGAGGAGAGCCCCCCGCAGACGGCCACGCUGGGACCUGCCCUGGGGAGACAGCCCCGGAGCCGGUUCACAGACCGGGUGUACCCCUCCCUGGGGGCCGCCCCACCCCGCGCCCGUCUCCACGGCCGAUUGAUCUCCUCACAUUCGGCCUCCUCCGGCUACCUCCACCUGCCCCCACUGCCCCCGCUCACCAGCCGCCCCCCAGGGAAGAGGACCUCACUGGGAGCUCCGCCCUGGACUGUGGCCCCUCUGUCCCGGGACAGGACCCUGCUGGCACUGCCCAGGGCUGAAAGUGACACCGAUAUUCUCCUGACUAAACUCUGCGGCCAGGACAAGCUGCUUCGGGGGCUGGAGGAGGAGACGGGGCAGCUGCGGGCUGAGAAGGAGAGGCUGGAGAAGGCCCUGGAGCUGGUCCGGCACCAGCUGGAUGAAUGCCAAGGCCCAGAGCUGGCGGAGGAGAAAAUCUGGUACCAGCAGAGGCGGCUGCAGGACGAGCUGGUGCAAGUCAGAGCCCGGCUCUGCGACCUGGCGCUGGACAGCGAGAGGGCUUGGGGAGAUUUCGCUGGCCUAGAAAAUGAGCUGCUGACGCUGCGGGAAACGCUGGCUCAGAUCCGACAGCUCGGGCACCCCCAGGAGCAGGGGGCCGCCCAGCAGGAGCUGUGGAUGAUCGAUGACAUCAUUGCGGGGUUGGGAGCCAGCCCUGCCCCCUACCCCGCCCUGGACCCCAGGACAAGUCCAGGCUUCUCUCUGGCUGCCUCCCCCAUUCUGGAGCAUGGGGGGGGCUCAGCCCGGAGCCACCUGCCCCUCCUGGGGCUGGAUGGGGGAGGCCACGACCACGAGCUGCCCCUCAGGGUGAGGGGCCUGUUUUCCGGGGCGGUGGGCACCCAGGCCCUCACUCCCGAGCUGUACACAGGUCUCAGCUCGCCUCCGGCCACCCCCCACCUGCCCCGGAGCCCCAGUCCAGGCCCCCAUGAGCCCCGAGAGCAGAGAACCAAGGAGCUGCCAGCCAAGGUGAUCACAACGGACCCCCCUGGUCCCCACCGAGCCCGGAUGAGCGUCCAGGAGCAGCUGGAGCGGAUGCGCCGGCACCAGGAAGGCCAGAGGCAGCAGGAGGGGGGCAGGCCGAACCCCUGGGGCUCCCGGCAGGGCUCUGUCCGGGCCAGCGCCAGCCGGCUCCCUCUUCCGACUCACUCCCCCGACCUCGGGCCAGAGCCAACCCAGACCCCCAUGGAGCCACCGCCGAGGGGGGGCCAGACCGGGGGGCCCUGGGGCCGGUCUCCCCCACCCCUCGAGAGAGACCAUCACCGGGUCAUCACCUUGGCAUACGCGCUAGCCACCGAGGCCUCUGAGCGCAGGAAACUCAUCACAGGGAAGACCCCGCCUGAGCCCCAGUUGGCGGCCAAUCCGGACCCUUCCCCAGAGCCGCUGGAUGCAGUGACCAAUCAGCACACGCUGUUUACUCCCGCACUCCCCCGGGGGCAUCCAGAGGCCAAUCACGUCGAGGCGGAACCAUGUACCCCAGCCAAUCAGAAUACAGCACUUAGCGCCAAUUCAGUGCAACGGACGGGAGCGGCCAAUCAGGCGUCGUCUCGAUUUCAAGCGGCCAAUUGGGCCUUGCCUGUUCCCGAGCUUUCCAAUUGGUUUUCACCCUUGCCUGAAGCAGCCAAUCAGGCAGCAUGUCUGUCAGAGGCAGCCAAUCGAGCAUCGCCCCUGUCCGAGGGGUCUCAGUGGGCACCCCCUUUGCCCACAUUGGCCAAUCAGAUGUCGACUGCACCCAAGGCGUCCAAUCGGACAUCGCCUCCGUUCUGGGCCGCCCAAAAGGAAUGUGGGGAUUGGGCACCGGAGCAAAAGAUUGUGGGUAACAAGGAUGUGGCCAAUGGCGGGUGUCAGGGGCGGGGCGGGCGUGCCGUGCCCAGGCAGGUGGUGGCGUACCUGAGCGAGGGGAGCCAGCCAAUCAGGAUCACCCUACUGCAGUCCAGCUUCUAACCCAUUGGCUGAGAGGCAGGGUCAAGUCCCGCCCCCUAGGGUGGGCUCUAGGGCAGGGCGGGGGGCUGUAUAGGGGGAUGUGCCCAAAGAUGGGAUGGGGCUCAGAGGUUUGGGGUCCCUGCCCCCAGAGAGGGGACCCCUUAACCCCACCUAGGGGCCCAUCGCCUUGCUGCCCCCUGGUGGGCAGAGUGGGAAGUGCAACCCCCUGGGCCCCUCACUCCCGACCCGCAGCCCCUGCGAGCCCGGCCCUGGGCUCCCCCCAAACACCCACCCAGCUGAAGCUGACAAUGGGGGGUGGGGGUCUCAUGAGCACCCACAGGGAAGGGGGAUUUAUGGGGACACCUGAUCUUCCCCCACUCUCAUGGGACUCUGUACGGGGGCAGCGGGGGAAGGGAGAAUCCUUCAAAUGGCCCCCUCGCCCCCAGGCAGCUCCCUCCCCUGUUACCCCUUUUUCCUGCCUGUUGGUGUCUCUGGGGCUCCCCUGGGGAGGGGUACCGGAGUUGGGGAGACCUUCGAGCUCACUGGGGCCUGGCCAGGGAAUACGCUACAGUCUGUACAGGGAAGCGGUCACUACACGGGGGGCUGUGGAAUUUGUCCCGUGUGUGUGUGCGGGAAUGGCCCGUGUUCGAGUUCGGGUCUGCCCAGAGGCAGGCCGCUCCAGGAAGCCGGGCGGCCGGACGACCGAGGAGGGGCCAGGCGGGGUUGUUAAGUGGGGGCUGCUGGAAGAUGGGGAGACUCCUGAACUGGGGGACAAGAGGGCUCGGGGGGGCCGGGCUGAGGAAGCUGGACCCUGGUGUAACUUUGGAUUCUCUGCGCUAACCUGCAGCUCCUGGAGGUGGGGGCUCGGCUCCCUUUGGGGGACACGGCUCGCUGAGGGGCCCAGCGCAGGCGGAGCUGUGGCGGGAGCUCACGGCGUGAAGCCGGGGGGAAGACCCUGAGGUUCGGUCCCAGGAGGGGGUGAAGCCAAAGGGCGGCUGACCCUAGUGACACAGCGUCAUGGACUCACAGGUCGAGCCCACUCUUGGCCCUGUGCGGUCCAUGGGGGGGGGACCCCCUUCAGUGCGACAG